GGUCCCAAGAAACACCUGAAGCGUGUAGCAGCACCAAAACAUUGGAUGUUGGACAAACUGACUGGUGUGUUUGCUCCUCGUCCAUCCACUGGUCCCCACAAGCUGAGAGAAUGUCUCCCACUGAUCAUAUAUGGAAUAGGAAUCAUAAAGGAGGGUUUGGGGGGUUUUUUUUGUUUUGCUCAGCAUGGAGUAAUGAGGGAAUCACUAUUGUAAACUUACUGUUUCAAAUCAGAUGUUAUCAGCAUUGACAAGACUGGAGAGAAUUUCCGUCUGAUCUAUGAUACCAAGGGUCGAUUUGCUGUUCAUCGUAUUACACCUGAGGAGGCAAAGUAUAAGUUGUGCAAAGUAAGAAAGAUCUUUGUGGGGACAAAAGGAAUCCCUCAUCUGGUGACCCAUGAUGCUCGUACCAUCCGCUACCCUGAUCCCCUCAUCAAAGUGAAUGACACCAUUCAGAUUGAUCUGGAGACUGGAAAGAUUACUGAUUUCAUCAAAUUUGACACUGGUAACCUAUGUAUGGUGACUGGAGGUGCUAACCUGGGAAGAAUUGGUGUGAUCACUAACAGAGAGAGACAUCCUGGCUCUUUUGAUGUGGUUCAUGUGAAAGAUGCCAAUGGCAACAGCUUUGCAACCCGACUUUCAAACAUUUUUGUUAUUGGCAAAGGCAACAAACCAUGGAUUUCUCUUCCCCGAGGAAAAGGUAUCCGCCUCACUAUUGCUGAAGAGAGAGACAAGAGACUGGCUGCCAAACAGAGCAGUGGAUGA